GCCCAACCGACAUCUGACCCACAUCUGACCCGCAUGAGACGCCGAGCUGUUUGUAACAAAACGUCCUGAGCAAAAAAACGUUUCAUAACAUGUAACGAACGGAUCUGAGGAUGUGGAGCGAGAAGACUGUUGCACUGUUUCCCCGCCCCCAAAUGCUUCGACAUCUUCCGCUCCGCUUCUAACAAACCGCAGUGAAAGUUAGUAGUAUCAAUUUACUUUCUGCGACUGGCCUCACUUGUUCGUGCCCACCGCUUCCAAACGGUGUGAAACCCGAAGCAGAUUCGCUUUGAGACGAGACUGCCACCGUGCUCAAACAUGGCCUCCUUCUUUGGCUUCAAUACGGCUCUUCCCGGCCGGGACACUGGACGACGCCAGCAGCAGCAGCCAUCAGCAUAUACGAAUGACGAUACUUUUGGGGACGAGCUCGGUGGGAGCUUAGAAGAUGAUGUCAGCGGCAACCCCCUGACGGAUGGGAAUGCAUCGCGAGUGGACGAGCUGAUGGAACAGAAGUAUGCCUACGGAGAUCCAGCCGAUGUAGGGUUAGAAGGGGAUACGGCCUUGCAAGGCCUAGAAGACGACAACGAGUCUUUGAACGAUGAGACGUUCGGUGGUAGUGCCGCGGUGGAGAACGUUGGCCAAGACUUCGAUUUCGCGGCAGGAGGCGCUUUGCGCAGCGAGGGCGCAUUCCCGAUGGAGCAACGACGGCCGUCUGAGAGACAACAACCUGUGCAUGGCGCAUAUCAUGAUUCAAGUCAUCAGCUGUAUUCGAACGAUAUGCCCGAUGAAGUCCCGCGAAGACCGUCUGAGCUGAACAGGGAAAGCCUAGCGGAGAUUUGGGGAAAAGAGAACAAUGCUGGCCCGAGUCGCGACCAACAGCAGCAUCACGUCCAGACGCAGCCCCAUCCCUCAUCGCAUUAUGGGACAGUGGCUCGACCGGUAACGUUGGAGGAGUUGGAGGCACAGAUGCGAAGGCAGCGUCUCAGCGCAAGGCCAGACGUUCCACCACACAUGCAGGGUGGUCCGGGGCCUCAAAUGGGUGGUGGAGCAUUGGAUAACGCAAGGCUUCAGGGAUACGCUCAACCUCAAAUGGAUCCCCGCCUGAGAAGCGUAGAGGAGAUUGAAGCUCUCAUGCGUGCCCAGCGAGAAGGUGGUGCUCGCCCUCAACAAGGGCCGGCGUAUCCGAUCCCCCAACAGGGGCCGCAGUAUCGUCAGCAGCAGCAAUAUGGUCAACCGUUGGCCGAACGGCAGGCACACCCUGAUGGCAGGUUGCCAAUGAGUAAUGUUUAUCAACAACAACCCCCAAAUCGCAACAACAGUCCUCAGCAAAUCCAACAACAGCAGCAACAGCUUCAACAGCAGCAGCGUGAGCGACAGUUUCAAUAUGUCGACAAUGAGAAUCGUGGACAACAACAACAGCGAUCCCCUAUGCAGCUUGGUCAUUUCCUGCCUCCUCAGCAACGAGGACCGAUGGGCAGUCCACAGCACCAGCAUCAACAUCAACAGCAGCAGCAGUUCAAUCAGCAGGGGUAUGGAAGAUAUGAUCAGCAGCAGCAGCGAGGACAGUUCGUUGACCGAAGACCUGACAUCCGUACUCGUGAGGAGAAGUACCGUGGCACAAUGACCCAGCGUGAGAAAGAGUUGAUCGCCAAGAUUCAAAUCUCGCAACUGGUCACCGACAACCCAUACCGAGAUGAUUUCUACUACAUCGUGUACAAGUCUUUGACCUCCGCUAACCAGAAUCAAGAGGAUGCCGACGCUACAUCUGCCAAUGCUGGCAAAUCAGCGAAAGGGGGCUUGAACUGGCAGCAGUCGCUGUUGAUGGACCAAACUCGUGCGCCGGGAUCCAAUGCUACCAACAAGAUGCAGCAGCAGAUGCAGCGUCUCAUCGAGGGAAGGAAGCAAAAGGCCAAGGGCAAUUCAUUGUCGCUUGAGGGCGCGCUUGGCAAAAUCGCACUGAGUUCCGUGCGGAAUCCGCGUCAGAUUUUGCAAGUUGAUAGUGCAGGAAAGGAGAACAAGGACGCCAACCCUGCGCCAAAAUCUGCGCACCACACGCCCAAACAAGUUCUCAAGCAAAUUGAGAAGGCAUAUUCUGACGUGUUGGAGCUUGAAGUCCUCAAGCGCCAAGGACCGCCAACCGAUGGCGAAAAUGUUGAGGAAGAGACUGAGGCAUACCACGCCAAAAUCAGCAACCUGACCAAUGGGCUAUGGCGAAUUCUUGGAGUCGCGGAGCCCGUUCCACUCAACUAUCCACACCCGUUAGCGGCCUUCUUGUCGUACGCCAAGGGCAAAAAAGUGUUUCCACGAGUGUUCCGUUUCCUUCCUCGCGAACAUGCUCUUGCAGUGAUCACGACCAUCUUGGCCCGUCUCGAAUCGCUCGACGUCUGUAAGCCAAAUUACACCCCGGACGAUCUCGAGCUCUUCAUGGGCAAUGUCGUUCCCACCGUUGUUACGAUCGUCAUGGACCUCCCGCUCUUUGUCGUUAACGCUUGCAUGCGGAUCAUACUGGAGCGUCACAACAUGGUGUGGGUUGCAAAGACGAAGCCUGGACUGGCAUUCUUGACGAUGUUUUUGAGUCGUGCCGAGAUGGUCAAGCAAGGCGCGGGCGGACCGCAAGGAUUCCAAGUCGCUGAGCAGGAGUUGAGCAUGUGGACGGAAAUAUACAACUUCCUCUUCGCGUCCCUGCACAACAGCUUUGCGAACCUCUUCCCGUCCUCCGUCAGCAACGCAUCGAACUCAUUCAGCAACGGUAAUAACAGCAGCAACAUCUAUGCUGGAGAUGUGUAUGUGUGGCAGUUCCUCGCUGCACUCGCGGUAGGCGCAACUACCGUUGAUCACCAGAGAGUUCUUUUGACGGAAGUCAGGGACAAGGUUCUGGAAACAGCUCGCCGCACCGAUGACCCUAAAUCCCUUGCGAAUGUCAACUUGUUCCUCAACGCGCUCGGACUCGGGAUCGAUGCCCGUCAACUGGUCGACAUGUCCUCCUCCUCUGGAUUCUGAUUAGGUCGAUCCCCGAAGCAUUGGAAAUCUAGUUCAUAGCUAUUCGACCCAACAGCGCAUAGGAAUAUACAUUGAUCCUCCCCCACUCUUUGCGUCCGUGAUCCCUCAAGCUAUCAUGCAAUCGCAGAUACCCUGCAUAACCUGACGGGUUAUUUGUUUCCCCCCGUCGCCAACAUCAUACUUUUUUCUGCUGCCUUUCUUACCAAAUGUAAAAAAAGAGUCAUCCCAAAAAUUCAUCCCGCUCCACUUUCCCCAAUGUCCCGACUUGUCGCACCGAACUCAGCCCACCCCGCCCCCCAACCGCCUCACAAACCCCUGCCCCAACACCCGUGCCACCCUCGCCUGUCUCUCCCCCUGCUUCCCCACCCAUCGUUCCUGUCGGUCUGAGUCGUUGCGCGUGUCUUCUGUU